UUCUUGGACUCAGGGCUAGAAAGGAAUUGACACCUUGGAUGACCAAGGAGGCCCUCUCCCCAGCCAGCCCCUUGGUCUGGGCUUUCUCGUCCCCUGCCUCCUUUGUUCUUUCAUUGAAUUCUGUUGAUAUUUGAGGUCACCUAACAGACACCAAGCAAGCACAAUGGGCGAGCACAGAUGCACUGGUGGUACAGGGCUAACCAGAGCCUCAGGCCAGACUCCAGGACACUGGCCUUCCUGGGAAGCAAAGGUGUCAGAGAUCAAAGAGGAUCUAAGGGAGGAGAGAGCGGGGAGGAGGCCCUCUUGUGUCCGACAGCGGGAUUCCAACAGUGAGGUUCUCGGAUGCUGCUGCCCUCUGGCGGUAAGCGCUUGCCCUGCAGCUCAGACCACGUGAUUUCUGAGAAAAGGUCCUUCCCGGAGGAGAACUGAAACUUAGGGUGGGGACUGUAGAAAGGGGCGGAGAGAUGAGGAAGCUGCCUAGACUGUUGCUGAGCUGAGGUCAGCUGGGUCCUGGGACGGCCGGCAAGCCACUCAGGAUGGCAUCAGGACGGGCACGCUGCACCCGGAAGCUGCGGAACUGGGUGGUGGAGCAAGUGGAGAGCGGGCAGUUCCCGGGGGUGUGCUGGGACGAUGCAGCCAAGACCAUGUUCCGGAUUCCCUGGAAGCAUGCAGGCAAGCAGGACUUCCGGGAGGACCAGGAUGCUGCUUUCUUCAAGGCAUGGGCGAUAUUUAAGGGGAAGUACAAGGAGGGGGACACAGAGGGCCCUGCUAUCUGGAAGACUCGUCUGCGCUGUGCCCUCAACAAGAGUCCUGAAUUUGAGGAGGUUCCCGAGAAUGGCCAUAGGGAUGGAGCUGAGCCCUACAAGGUGUAUCGGCUGCUGCCAUCGGGGACCCUCCCUGGCUUUGACCUUUCUCCCCUACCACAAUAUUCCACAGCCCAGCCAGGGCCCCAGAAAUCACCAUCAAAGCGACAUUACAGUUCUGUGUCCUCUGAGAGGGAAGAGGAUGUGGGUACCACAAAGAACUGCAUACUCAGUCCCUCCUUGAUUGAGGACCCCCUCAAAAAUGAGGGCGUGGGGGCCGGCGGGGAAGCGGACCAUUCAGACUUCGGCUGCAGCAGCAGCAGUAGCAACAACAGCCCCGAGCCUCAGGAAGGUAUAGACACAACUGAAGCCCCUUUCCAAGGAGAUCAGGUGUCAUUGGAGCUUCUGCCCCCUCCAAACUCAGACUACUCGCUGCUGCUUACCUUCAUCUACAGCGGGCGCGUGGUGGGCGAGGCCCAGGUGCAGAGCCUGGACUGCCGCCUUGUGGCUGAGCCCUCAGGCUCCCAGUGUGGGAUGGAGCAGGUGGUGUUUCCCAAGCCUGACCCACAAGAGCCCACCCAGCGCCUGCUGAGCCAGAUCGAGAGAGGAGUCCUGGUCGCCAGCAACUCCAGGGGCCUCUUCGUGCAGCGCCUUUGCCCCAUCCCCAUCUCCUGGAGCGCGCCCCAGGCGCCACCCGGCCCAGGCCCGCAUCUGCUGCCCAGCAAUGAGUGCGUGGAGCUCUUCAGAACCACCUACUUCUGGAGAGACCUGGCCAGGUACUUCCAGGGCCUGGGCCCCCGACCCAAGUUCCAGGUGACACUGAACUUCUGGGAGGAGAGCCCUGGCCCCAGCCACGCCCCGAAGAGUCUUAUCACAGUGCAGAUGGAGCAGGCCUUUGCCCGGCACUUACUGGAGGAGCAGGCAGCCGCCCUCGCCCUGCUGCAGAGCCUGGGAGAGCCACCUUCCUCUCCUCUCUGUCCCUCCCAUCUCCCUUGAAAGAAGCUCAUUCUCUACACUGUUGACCUGCUUCCCUUGGAGAUAGUUCACGGUGGUUGUCUGAUGGUUGUGAACUUGAACUGCUCAUGUACCUGGCUGGUGGAGAACUGAAGGAGGAUAUUUAUCCUUUGUUUUAAGUUUGAGACAUCCCCUCUUUCAUUUCUGAGAAACUUAAUUGGGAAAGUCCAAAUGGUGUGAACUCAGGGGACCUCUCCCACUACUCCCAACCCUAAAGUCAAGCACUUUAUAUUUUCUUCUUAGAUGUUCCCUGGGGAUUUAAAAUAAAACUUUAUUAAAAGAGGA